GUGACACUAGGUUCAUCAAGGGUAGAAAAAGAGGCCUCGCAUUGGCCACAAAAAGGAGAGUCAAGCUCAGGGAAUCCAACUUCAAGCUGGGGGCAGCCUGACAUACCAAACCUGGCAACAUCUGUGAUAUAGUUCAAGCCAUUGAAGGUAGCAGACAUGGAAAUCGAGACUGAUGGCUUCCGCAUCUCCUCCAACUUCGACUCCGGCAACCUGCAGCGGGUGGAGAAGGUCGAGCCGGGCUCCAACCACUUUGAUGGCCAAGACGCGGACGACCUGUGCGCCUACGAGUUCAACUGCUGGGUGCGGCCAGACUGCGGCGGCACCGAGUACGAGAACAACAACCGCACCUGGUUCCACUUCAGCCUGUCCGGCGGGCCGCCGUUCGCCACGGUCCGGUUCAACAUGAUGAACCUGAACCGGCAAGGCAAGCUGUACGCCCAAGGCAUGCGCACAGUAUACCGCGUGGAGCCGCUCUUCCCCGAAUGGAAGCGACUCAGCGACACACACCUGUACAAGGUGGAGGAGAGCAACUUCGUGAUGAGCUUCAAGUACUAUACGCUGGAAGACGCCCGCUGCACCACCUACUUCGCCUUCAGCUUCCCAUACUCCUACACCGAACUGCAGACUGAACUGAACGCUCGCGACCUGCAGUUCCGGCUGUCGCCACCUGUCGACAUCUACUAUCACCGCGAGUUGCUCACCUACACGCUAGAUGGCAGGCGGGUGGACCUGCUGACUAUAACGGCGGCGGACGGCGGCGAAGGCCGCGAGAUGCGGCUGCCUGGCCUGUUCCCGCUGGCUCUCAGCGAGCCGCGCGCCAUCCGAUUCCCCGGCCGUAAGGUGGUGCUGCUGUCGGCGCGCGUCCACCCGGGCGAGACGCCCUCCAGUCACGUGCUGAAUGGCUGCCUGCGCUUCCUCCUGUCGGCGGACGCGCGCGCUGCCCGCCUCCGUCGGCUCUACGUGGUGAAGGUGGUGCCGAUGCUGAACCCGGACGGCGUGGCGCGCGGCCACUACCGCACCAACAUCCACGGCGCCAAUCUGAACCGGAUGUACGGCGACCCGACGCGCGCCCUCUACCCGGAGGUGCACGCCGCCAAGAGCGUGGCGCUGUACCACCACCUGGGACGCGUGCCGGCCGAGUGCGAGGUGCUCGACUCGGAGCCGAGCGUGGCGGAGGUGGACGCGCGGUUUGUGCGGCCGCGCGAGCUGGCGGCCCCCGUGCCGCGGCCGCCCGAGCUGGAGGACGUGUCCAACGACGCCUCGUGCUUCUGCGGCGGCGACGACGAGAGCAGUCUGGGCAUGCCCGACCUGAGCCCGCUCAAGUCGCUGCUGCAGCUGACGCCACCCGCCUCGGCGGCCCCGGCGGCCGGCCGUCAGCAGUGGGCCGAGCCACGGCCGAGUGCCGGCUCCGACUCGGAGUCGCUGGUGUCGUCCGGCGAGACGGAGUCGUCGGCGGCCGGCGGCAGCGCCUCCACCGUGGACAGCAGCGAGACAACUGCCGUACCCAGCGACGGCGACUCCAACCUCUUCCUCUACGUCGACAUGCAUGGCCACGCCUCCAAGCGAGGCUGCUUCAUGUACGGCAACCACUUCUCGUCGGAGGAGACGAUGCUGGAUUGCAUGCUGCUGCCGAAGCUGGUCUCGCUGAACUCGGCCAACUUCGACUUCCUCGCGUGCAACUUCACAGAGAAGAACAUGCACCACAAGGGCAAGAAGGACGGCCUCAGCAAGGAGGGCAGCGGCCGCGUGGCCAUCUACCGCUCCACCGGCCUGGUGCGCAGCUACACGCUCGAGUGCAACUACAACACGGGCCGCUUCUGCAACGUGCUGCCGCCGCUGCCGGGCGAGCGCGAGCCGCCGGCCGACCGGCCGCUCGUCUUCGAGCCCGUCCCCUACACGCCGGCACACUACGAACAGGUGGGCGAGGCGCUGAUGGUCUCCAUCCUGGACGUGACGGGCGACAACCCGCUCUCGCGGCUGGGCCGCUCCGAGUACCGGGACACGGCCGGCGUGCGCGCCUGGAUCAGAAGGUUCAUGCAGGUGACCAAGUUCGGCGAGAACAACAUCCUGUUCUCGCCGGAGAAGACGGCCCGCACCAUGAAGACGCUCACCAGCGAGCGGCAGCGGCGCACGUCGUGCCCGCCUGAGGAGCGCAGCCUGACGGCGGCGGCGGCGGCGGGCUCGCCGGCCGGGCCUCCGCAGCGUCGCCUGGCGCCGGCCGUCUCGCCCAAGAAGCUGUCGCCGGCCAAGGUGGAGGACCAGGAGAACGCCGCCGACACACAGCCGGACGUGGUGAGCCUGGCCGGACCCAGCCGUCUGCGGGUCAAGAGUCCCGUGCUGCAGCCCCGCUCCGGCUUCGGCCAGAUCGCCUCCCCCGGAAACACUCCGCCGGGCCUCACCCGCAAGCCGGCCGGUCGGCGCGCCCUCUCCGAGAAGCGCAAGGUGCUCAAGCCGACGCCGGUCAAGCUGGGCGAGAGCGCCGUGCUGGGGCGGGGCGCGCCCAAGCUCCGGCGCUCCGCCAGUCUCGUCAACGCCGGGCUGGCCGAGGCGCCGCGCCCAGAGUCCUCUGUCGUCGGCAACCUCAACCUCAUCCUGGGCGACAAGCACCAGGUGGCGGGCAUGGCGUGGGCCGACCAGCUGCCGGCUGCGUCCGGGCUGGCGAAGCCGGCGAAGCGCGCGCCGAAGCGGAGGAAGCGCGUGGCGAAGCCGGAGGAGGCGGCGGCACCGGACGAGUCGGCCACGCUGCCGGACGAGCUGCCGCCGGGCCGGCUCGAGAGCUGUGGCAGCUCGCCGCUCAGCUUCGCCGCACGCGCCUGA